AUGACCGCAGAGGAUCACAUUGCAGAGAUGCCUGUCGGCAAGUUUGAGGGAAAGGAGCGUGGAGGGAGGAUGGUUCAGGGUGGUUAUUUCUGGAAUCAGGGAGAGGUCCUCGUGCACUUUUACUUUGGCCCAAGAAAAGACUUUGUUGGUGUUGUGCGGCUAUGCGGGUUAACAAGUGUGCUGAGAUCCGAAUUGCUUGCUUCGAAGCGCGCAACGGGUUCUGGAGCACAGAUGGAGAUGUGGUUCAAGGAGACGCUCUACAAUCGCGUGUCUGGCAAUGCUUGGAUGGAAGGCUUUUCUGACUCAAACUAUGACCUUUUUCAUGUGACGGAGUACCUCCGUGCUCAAGAAUCUGUGGCUAUCUAUCGUCCUUCCAAGCAGUGGGGAAAUGUGUGGCUGCUAUACUCUCGCCGCUCCACCAACAUCACUUCCUCCCUGAAUUACGACAGUGAUAGGGUCCCUGCCGGUGUGCCUGCUUUUCUUGCAGCACGGCCACACCUACCCUUUUUGUUAGAUUUGGAAGGACCGCGACCUAGAGAUGAACCACCCAGAGGUCGCAGAGAAUUCCCCGCGAAUGUGCAAUUCCGAAGCGAUCGUCCCAUGAGACGCGCCAGCUUGGGGGCCUUAUCACGCCCAAGGAACGAUGUCAUGGGGAAUCAGCCCGGUCAACCUGCGAAAGGUUUCAUCUCUACGAUUCAAAGCCCUGCGAUUGGAGCCUCCGAUAGCAACCUGCUUAAAGAGCCACAAUCAUCGGAGUCGAGAGUGGCAGAGCAGUCUGUUUCGACACCCGCGGAUCCGCGCCUGAGAAGACGUGUCUCUGUCUCAGGAGGCGUGCCACAAUCUCUUUUGACACCUCAAAUUGCUGAAAGACACCGACCUACAAACAAGGGGAGAAUGAGCAGACCGAAUGACGAUGAGGGGCAGCUUAAAUGGGUUGGAGAUGAUCCCGGAGGCACCGACCUCAUGGAUACCUCUCCGGACGUACCGGCUGGCACAGAUCCUACAAUGAUGCUUUCUCCAGUAGGAAUCGCAAAGAAAGAGAUGGCUGAUAUGUUUCGAUCUACUUACAAAAUCACAUUGGAAAAGCUUUCGACCGUUUCGGAGGGCACUGGAACAGGACUUUACUCACCUUCGCACAACUUCUAUCUACAUCCCUGCGCGGGCAAUGAUGACGACUCCGUUCGGGACCGUGAAUGGCUUCAGACUUGGCUCGAGACAUUCCCAGAAAUCAAGAUCUUCUCCGACUGGGGCGAAUUCCUGAAAACGACCCGUGGCGUUAUCAUGUUUCAUGAGUCAUUUACGCUUUACGAGAAUUUGCGACCCGAAAUUCGAGGACCUCUCUGGUCAAGCCAGUAUAACUUCUGGAACUAUCGUCUGUCCAAACCGCUUCAGAUGGCCGACCCGUUUUAUUACGGCGAAGACGCCUAUUUUGAAGCCAUAUUCGCCAUGGGACACUCAUUCUUGUUCACAGAGGACGUCUUCGGGGAUCUCAAGCGAGCUUUAUCGCUCAUCAAGUGGUUUCAUAGCAUGGUAUCAAACUCACACAGAGUGUUUAAUUACAAGCUGAUGCUGCCUCCUGGUAUCAUGCAAUACCUCGACUCGCGGCUCGAAACACCAGAUCUGAGUGAUGAGGAUUCAAAAAUCUUAGUGUACAUCAAGGCCUGGAUCUACAAGUCGAAUACACUCGAACCUGACUGCAAGGUAUUUCAACCAGAAAGCCUGGAUCCCUUCCAAAUACACUUGCGCAACAAUAACGUCGUUUCUUUCGCCCCCGAGAUGAUUCCAAAAUGGGGUUAUCGCGAUGAAGACGAUAAUCCAGAGAUACCCAAGGGCCUUUCGCAAGAUGAGCGUAACAUGGACCACCUCGUCGAGUUGUUCACAGCAUGGACUCUGUUGAGAAAAGCACAUAAUCGAAAGACCGUCGUUAUCACGGAUUCAAAGAAUCAGAUGUUGCAUCAACGGUGGACGAAUUGGGGCCAUGUUACCUUGUUCUCUCCAAACAACUUCAUGAAGACCUUCAACAUUGAUAAAGAUGCUUUACUUGCAAGAGCACUUGGCGAGAAGGCAAGAGACGACAAUGGUCGAUUGAUGCCUGGCACCACUCCCAAAACUCCCGUCCUCGAUCCACGCACUCCUCGACCGCCUUGGGAAAAUCAGACCGGUGACGGGGCAUCCUCGCCGACUGAAAGGAGGCCACACAGUUACCCGGCGUCUCUGGGGAGUCGGACCGCCGAUGAGACUUCCUCGCCGAAAGGUACGAGAAGACACUACCCAACACCUUACAAAUGA